AUGCAAUUGCCGCGAAACAUUCAAUUAGCAGAUCCAGAGUUUCAUAAACCAGGAAAAAUAGAUGCCUUAUUAGGGAACACGCUGUUUUUCAAAUUGUUAAGUAUCGGACAGAUUCAGUUAAGCAGUAGGGCGCUAAUUCUGCAAAAGACAUUGUUAGGUUGGAUAGUUACUGGCGAAUCAAACAUACAGACACUAUAUAGAGCACCCACAUUGGUAAAUUCGUUUCACGUAACAACAUCGUUAGACAAAACAUUAAACAAAUUCUGGGAGAUAGAAGAAUUCAUAGAUAAGCAGUAUUUAUCAGCAGAGGAAAGGGCCGCGGAGGAUUUAUUUAAGCAAAGCACCGUACGAGACGCAGAUGGCCGAUAUUGUGUGAGGCUGCCAUUCAAUGAGCAAAAACAGCUCUUAGGUAAUUCGCGAGAAAUAGCACAGAAGAGGUUUUAUGCACUAGAACGCAAAUUGCAUUUAGAUCAAGACUUGUUAGUUAGAUAUAGCGAAUUUUUGAAGGAGUACGAGGAUUUAGGGCACAUGACGCAGGUCAUCGUAAACGAGGUAACCGAGGGUUUCUACCUGCCGCAUCAUGCGGUAGUAAAGGAGUCCAGCGAAACAACAAGGGUACGCGUAGUCUUCGACGCGUCCGCAAAAACGUCUACAGGGAUCUCAUUGAAUGAUACACUAUUGAACGGGCCUAUUUUGCAAGAUACUCUAUAUAAAUUAUUACUUAGAUUUCGUUCUUAUACAUAUGUUUUGACCGCGGAUAUUGAAAAGAUGUUCCGACAAAUUAGAGUGCAUCCUGAUGAUAGGAUUUUCCAACGGAUAUUAUGGCGCGAUUCACGGGACCAACCUGUGAAAACAUAUCAAUUAAAUACGGUAACAUACGGAACAGCAUCGGCUCCGUUUUUAGCAGUGCGUUGCUUACAACAAUUAGCUAACGACGAACAGCAUAAAUUCCCCCUAGCAGCUGCAAUAUUUAAAAGAGAUUUUUCUAUGGACGAUUUGCUCACCGGAGCUUCCACUCGCGAAGAAGCAUUGAAAAUUCGUGACGAAGCAAUAUCAUUAGCAAGAUUAGGCGGUUUUAAUCUACGACAGUGGACAUCAAAUGAUGUAGAGCUAAUCCAGGAUUUAGAGUUGAGUAAUCACGAACGCACUCUUUCUUUAGACAUAGACGAGACUAGGAAGGCGUUAGGUAUUGGCUGGAACCCGAGAACGGAUAAUAUUCUGUACACUAUAAGGGCCACCGAAAGCACACCUCGUCCGACAAAACGUACGAUAUUGUCGCAAAUAGCACAAUUGUUUGAUCCAUUGGGAUUAUUAGGACCGGUAAUAGUUCGCGCAAAAAUAAUCAUGCAACAACUAUGGAAGGCAAACAUAACUUGGGAUGAGUCAGUUCCACAAUCAAUCUUGACUAUGUGGGUAGAAUUUAGACAGGAGCUACCGCACCUAAAUAAAUUUUCAAUACCAAGAAAAACCAUCAUCGACAACCCCACGACAAUUCAACUACACGGGUUUGCUGAUGCCAGCGAAUCUGCGUAUGGUGCGUGCAUUUACUUACGAUCAGUUAACAAACUAGGCGACUGUAAGGUUAGUUUAUUGUGCGCAAAAUCGCGAGUUGCCCCAGUAAAAACUAUUUCCUUGCCCCGUCUAGAAUUGUGUGCCGCUAAACUACUAGCUAAUUUGUUUAAGGAAGUCAUUAGGGCAUUGAAUCAUCUUCGAAUUGAAAGGGUUGUAUUAUGGUCAGAUUCCACAAUAACAUUGCAUUGGAUCAAAACGCCGCCACAUCUAUUAAAAACAUUCAUCGCGAAUCGGGUCAGCGAGAUUCAGGAACAGACGGACAUCCAAGCCUGGCGACACAUUUCAAGUGCGGAAAACCCAGCGGAUUUUAUAUCCAGGGGAUUAACGCCAAUACAGAUCCUUAACAACCAACUGUGGUUGAAGGGCCCGCAUUGGCUCUCACACAGAGAAGAAACAUGGCCUUUCAUUAAGUUACCCACUAUAGAUGUACCGGAAAAACGUAACCUUAACGUUCUAUUAACAACUAUUGAUGCAUCGUAUUUAGUGGAUAGAUUUUCGUCAAUCAGGAAGCUUAAUAGAGUAUUAGCAUAUAUACUACGUUUUUAUAAUAAUUGUAAGGACAAGCUCAGGGUUACUGGGGAAUUGACCAUCACAGAAAUUUCAAACGCUCAUGCACACAUCUUAAGGUAUACAAGCCACGUUGUGUGCCGUCAAACACAAGUAUUGGCCAAUAGAUGGGAAAAACCUUACUCGCAAGGUAAUCCACCAUUGUAUUAA